CGCUUCCGGUAACCCACGUUUCUCUUUCUUCCUGUCUGCUUGGAAAGAUGGCGUCCCGCAAGGAAGGUACCGGCUCUACUGCCACCUCUUCGAGCUCCACCGCCGGCGUAGCAGGGAAAGGCAAAGGCAAAGGCGGCUCCGGAGAUUCAGCCGUGAAGCAAGUGCAGAUAGAUGGCCUUGUGGUAUUAAAGAUAAUCAAACAUUAUCAAGAAGAAGGACAAGGAACUGAAGUUGUUCAAGGAGUGCUUUUGGGUCUGGUUGUAGAAGAUCGGCUUGAAAUUACCAACUGCUUUCCUUUCCCUCAGCACACAGAGGAUGAUGCUGACUUUGAUGAAGUCCAAUAUCAGAUGGAAAUGAUGCGGAGCCUUCGCCAUGUAAACAUUGAUCAUCUUCAUGUGGGCUGGUAUCAGUCCACAUACUAUGGCUCAUUCGUUACCCGGGCACUCCUGGACUCUCAGUUUAGUUACCAGCAUGCCAUUGAAGAAUCUGUCGUUCUCAUUUAUGAUCCCAUAAAAACUGCCCAAGGAUCUCUCUCACUAAAGGCAUACAGACUGACUCCUAAACUGAUGGAAGUUUGUAAAGAAAAGGAUUUUUCCCCUGAAGCAUUGAAAAAAGCAAAUAUCACCUUUGAGUACAUGUUUGAAGAAGUGCCGAUUGUAAUUAAAAAUUCACAUCUGAUCAAUGUCCUAAUGUGGGAACUUGAAAAGAAGUCAGCUGUUGCAGAUAAACAUGAAUUGCUCAGCCUUGCCAGCAGCAAUCAUUUGGGGAAGAAUCUACAGUUGCUGAUGGACAGAGUGGAUGAAAUGAGCCAAGAUAUAGUUAAAUACAACACAUACAUGAGGAAUACUAGUAAACAACAGCAGCAGAAACAUCAGUAUCAGCAGCGUCGCCAGCAGGAGAAUAUGCAGCGCCAGAGCCGAGGAGAACCCCCGCUCCCUGAGGAGGACCUGUCCAAACUCUUCAAACCGCCACAGCCUCCUGCUAGGAUGGACUCGCUGCUCAUUGCAGGCCAGAUAAAUACUUACUGCCAGAACAUCAAGGAGUUCACUGCCCAAAACUUAGGCAAGCUCUUCAUGGCCCAGGCUCUUCAAGAAUACAACAACUAAGAAAAGGAAGUUUCCAGAAAAGAAGUUAACAUGAACUCUUGAAAUCACACCAGGGCAACUCUUGGAAGAAAUAUAUUUGCAUAUUGAAAAGCACAGAGGAUUUCUUUAGUGUCAUUGCCGAUUUUGGCUAUAACAGUGUCUUUCUAGCCAUAAUAAAAUAAAACAAAACCUUGA